UCUAGAGAAAUAGGCGUUAAGGGCAUCGGACACAGCCGACACCGGAGCACUCGAUUUCAUCUCUGCGCAGGCUCGCAGGCGCGGAUAUGACUGAACAAGGAAAAUUGUCGCUAGAUCGCGGAGAUCCUAUUUUCUGAAAGGAGGAAGAAGGUAUUGAUAAGGAUGACGAAAAGUUGGAGGCUUUGGUGCGGGUACUGACCUGACGUGGAACAUGACAGGUUUAGCUGCGGAAGGUGUAAGGCAACUCCUGGGCUAUGUCUACUAGGUUUCCCAGCUCGAAAACCCCCAAACGCGAUUUCAUAGAAAUGGCUUCCACUACUCUGCCCACCAACGUGAUUCGCGAAAUCGGAGAGAGCGCACGUCUGCUGUUAGAUCGAUGCUCUGUCGAAAAUGCAGACGCAGCCCUUAUCGUCGACACGGAAACCUUGGAAUUAUUCACGCCAUACAUUAAUCACGGCAUCGACACUGUCACCAUUGGGUACAACUAUAUCCAGGACAUCAAAUGCCGCAUAUACAUCGUCCUCUACAUGGCCUGCUUCUUCUACUUUGACGACAAGUUCACUCCGGAAUAUACUGCCUCUGAUCAUGUUACUCAGGACCUUUUCGCCUGUGUGAUAGGAAAGUCAUCCCCGGCCGAUCCUCUCCAACGGUUGUUCUGUUACCUGAUGACAGAAGCACCGAUAUGUUUCCCUAAUCAUCCUGCGUCGAACAUCGUUAUCACGGGCACCUUGAAUCUUGUCACCUCUGCGAGUCUUGACUACCGCACUCAAGACAUGAAGAUGCCGGCUUCGGCUAAAAGAUAUACGAUGUUCACUAGAAGCAUCUCUGGUGUUGCUGAUGUUAUGGGAGUGUUCAUAUUUCCAGCUUCGGUCCGGUGACUGCAUAUAUUGCGGCCAUUCCGGACCUAAUGAUCUUCAUGUUAUCUGCCAAUGAUGUUCUUUCUUUCUACAAGGAAGAAUUAGCAGGGGAAGAACUGAACCGAGUUUCUCUUCUUGCUUUAUGCGACAACUCUACGAAG